ACACACACAGUACAGUACAGUACAGCCCUCCCUUCCCCUCCUCUUGUGCGGUGCGUAAAACUACUCUGUGGAUCAAAUUUGAGCCCCUGAGUCUUGCCAAGUUUGCCCUUUUCGGAGGAGGAAGAGAAGGAGGAGGAGGAAGGAGGAGGAGGAGGAAGGAGGAGGAGGAGAGGAGGAAGAGAAGAAAAAAAAAAUGCUGCCAGAAAACUCGACUCUCUUGGAAACUAUCGUCCACGGACCAAACGAGUGCCAGACCUGGAGUAACCAGAGCCAGGGGGCCAUCUACCACUUGGGCAAUGUGGUCUUCACUCUGGGCUACAUGGGUGGCAGCGGCUACUUCGGUCUGGUGUACAUCUUCAGUCUGUUGGGCGCCGGGUUUGUGAUCGAGGCGCUCUGGGGCUGGUUCGACGCCUGCGGGCUGGAUGUCUUCGUCUGGUGCUGGCUCCUGGUGUCCCUGUGCCUGGCGCAGCUGGCGCACGUCUGCUACCGCCUCAGGAAAGUCCGCUUCGACGAAGACUUCUCCUCUCUGUACAAGUCCAUGUUCCUGCCUUUGGAGGUGCCCCUCGUCGUCUAAGAGGUGGUGAAGUGCUGCGACCGCGCCGUGGUCAGCCUGGACCAGGAGCAGGACUAUGCGGUGGAGGGCAAGACCGCCAUCGACCGCCUGUCACUGCUGCUCUCGGGGAGGAUUCGUGUGACCCAUGAGGGUCAGUUUCUGCACUAUAUAUUCCCGUACCAAUUCCUUGACUCUCCAGAAUGGGAAUCUCUGCGGCCAAAUGAAGAAGGAAACUUUCAGGUGACACUGACGGCAGAGACAGACUGUUGCUAUGUGACCUGGAGGAGGAGGAAGCUGUUUCUGCUCUUGGCCAACGAUCACUACAUUGCACGCCUGUUUACUGUCAUGCUCGGUAACGACAUCGCAGACAAGCUUUACUCACUGAUUGACAAGCUCUACUGCAGGGGUGGGGUCCGCUACGACAUCCGACUGCCCAGUCUCUACCACGUACUGGCCCCUUCGGUCGAAGCUGAGAAGGAGAAACCCAGAGGUGGGGACAGACCACUGCGUGUUUCUUCGACCUCCCAGGAACCUCAGGAAUCCCUCUUCAAAAAGCCGUGGCCUGACCACAACGAUCUGUUUGGUGAGGAUUCUACCAGCCUGGUUUUGGAAGACUUUGCAGAUCUGAGCGGAUCAUUUAUGGAAUAUACCAGUGAAAGGGAGUACAUGAAAUAGUGAUCCAGUAAAAGUGAUAAAAUCUGCUCACUGUCCCAUUCAUGCAUAUAUCCAACCCCCAGAGAAAGCCUCUUGAGGGAUAUGUCCCACUGGCUCCCACUCAGACCCCA